CUCUCUCUCUCUCUCUCUCUCUCUCUCUCUCUCUCUCUCUCUCUCUGGGGUAAAGAUGCUGUCUAGUAGCUCAGAUCUUCCCAAAAGCUCUCUCCAAAUCAAGCAGGAUGACAAGUUCUACACCAGGAUCCUCUCCAAGGAGAGCUCAGUGGCCAAUCCUUCCUUCAGAGUGUAUUACGGAAUGGCAACAGGGGCUGUGCCUUUCUACUGGGAGUCUCAGCCUGGGACACCCAAGCACAUCAGCUCCACCACUGCCCUCCCUCCCCUCACACCUCCCCCCUCCUACUACUACAGUCCCAGGAACAAGAGCUCCAAGAAGCCCUCCAAGUCCAGCUUCGUCCACGCCAUACUCCCUAAGAUCAGUCUGAUGAGGAAGUCACCUUCGUCGUCCGUCUCCUUAUCUUCCUCCUCGGUUUCGUCCUCUUCCUCGUCGACGGCGUCCGGGCGCUCUAACCAUCAGAGAAGGCCUUCAAGCCCACAGUCGUCCUUCCAGUCGAGGGGCGACGAUGAGGAGUCCGACGACGAGUCCCCGACGUCGACCUUGUGCUUCCGGAGCUGCCAAUCGGUGGUGCCUGUGAAGUGCGCGUUGUUGUCGGCGGUCCGGCAUGGAUCUGGCCAUGCAACCUCUGCAUAGUAGUCACAGAUCAACACCUUGCAAUAUGCUCAUGUAGUUUGGGGUGCAACAUUUAUGGUGGUAACUAAAUCUCAUCUGCCAAACAAGAGAGAGAGAGAGAGAGAGAGAGAGGAUGUGUAAUAGCACAGAAAUGUGAAGUGCUUCGUUCACUUCUCAAGAAUAAUGUGAGACUAAUAGUUUGUAUUUGCUUAA